AUGUCCGGAUUUAGGAUGCGAAGACUUAACAACGGAUAUGUUUCGCUACCGAGUGAUGACAGUGGAUUCUCCGAUGCGCAGUUCGAGCCACCGCCUCAAAAGAUACCAUGGAAAGCUCUAAGUCUGGCUGCGUUUCUGUUUGUAGUCGGAACAUCCCUACUGAUUGUUGGUAGUCUUAUUGUAACUGGUCAUAUCGACACAAAAUAUUCUGAUAGAUUAUGGCCUAUGAUUGUUCUUGGAGGCAUAAUGUUCUUACCAGGAGCAUAUCACAUGAGAAUAGCAUACUACGCAUAUAAAGAGUAUCCAGGUUACAGUUUUGCAGACAUUCCAGAGUUUGAGUAG